AUGUGGCUGGCUGUGGUGUUAGUAGUAGUGCCACUAGCAGGAUGGCUAUUGUGGUGGUGGAAUGAUAUAUGGUAUGAACUAAUGGCAAGUUUCGGGUCAUCUAAAGGCGGCAGCAACAAGCUACCUCCUGGCCAUAUGGGUCUUCCGGUGAUUGGUGAAAUGUUCACAUUUCUUCGGUACUUCAAGUUCCUACGUCGUCCUGAUGAUUACAUCAAUGUUAAGCGUCGCAAGUAUGGUGAUGGGAUAGGAAUGUAUAAGACGCACCUAUUCGGUAGACCAUCAGUAAUUGUAUUUUCACAAACAGCAAUCAAAUAUGUAUUUCGUUCGGAGGAGAGCUUUGUGUUGGAAUGGCCAAACGUGGAACUUGUAGGCAAGACUUCACUAGUUGCGGUUCAUGGGAAAACACAUGCUAGGCUCAGAAGCUUUGUUUCUAGAAGCAUUAACCAGCCAGAAGCUCUUCGCCAAAUUGCCUGCAUUGUGCAACCUAGAAUGAUCUCCGCCCUUAAAUCUUGGGUCAAAUGUGGUAGAAAUAUUAAUGCCUACAAAGAAAUCAGGAAAGUUACAUUUGAGAACAUUGGCAUGUUUUUUGCUAGUUUUGAGCCAAGCCCCACCCUUGAUAUGCUUGGUGAAUACUUUGUCGGAUUGAUUAGUGGAAUUAGAUCUUACCCAUUGAAUAUACCAGGUUUUGCUUAUCACCACGGCCUUCAGUGUCGAAAUAAAAUCAUUGCCAUUUUUAGAGAAGAAUUGGAGAAAAGGAAGAACGGGAUUGAGGACAAUGAUCAACCUAUGAAGGACCUAAUGGACGGUUUGAUGAAGUUAAAGGACGAAGAAGGUAGCCAAUUAAGCGACAUGGAAAUUCUUGACAAUAUUGUUAGUGUUCUUGUUGCUGGCUAUGAAUCAACCAGUCUAGCCACAAUGUGGGCGGUUUAUUACCUUGCAAAGUACCCAAAGGUUCUACAAAAGCUUCGGGAAGAAAGCAUGUCACUCAAAAAGAGCAAAAGUGAAGAAUUUGUUACAAGCGAUGAGAUGUUAAAGAUGAAAUACACCAUGAAAGUUGUGGAUGAAACAAUCAGAAUGGCAAAUGUCGCUGCGUUUAUUUUUCGUACAACAACAAAAGAUGUUAACUAUAAAGGAUAUAAGAUACCAAAAGGAUGGAAUGUAAUGUUAUGGAUUAGGUAUCUCCAUACAGAUCCUGAGAACUUCAACGAUCCGAUGUGUUUCAACCCUGAUAGAUGGGAUGUACCAAUGGUGCCUGGAACAUACCAAGUGUUUGGAGGUGGAAUAAGGAUCUGCGCAGGAAAUAUGCUCGCUCGUCUACAACUUGCCAUCUUUCUCUACCAUUUGUCCACAGGAUACAAGUGGGAAUUGGUGAAUCCGGAUGCAAAAAUGAAGUAUCUCUCACAUCCAAAACCUGAAGAUGGUGUUGAAAUUACAUUUGAUAAACUAUGA